UGCCGAAAAGCGAGUCGUUGCAUGGUUGCAACUUGGCCCAGAAGCGUGACUUUCUGCUGUAAAGCAUCACGUAAGAUAAUACGAGCGCUAAAGGUUGACCUAGAUAUUCACGAUUAUUGUGCUGAUUUAAAGCAUGGCACUUUAUAUGAAAGCAGCAGAGAUUCUCGAUAAAGUGGAGCAAAAGAAGGGAGCUGUGAAAACUCUGGUCUAUGAUAGUAAAUUCCAGAAUAUAAAGCAGCUUUUUGCCCUCGUGUGUGAAACUCAGAAAUAUUCAGCAGUGCUUCAGGAGAUUAUCGAGAACACCAGGCUUCUGAAAGAAACCAAGCUCCGACAUAAUUUAGCAAAGGUUCUGGUUUAUGAUUUGCUCAUUGGUCAAGGCUUAAAAUGUGGUGGAAGCUGGAAGGCAAUGAUGUUGAAGCAUCACUCCAGACUACAAGCUGCUUUGGCUCGAAUUAAAGUCAAACGGAAAGUCAGUCGAAAUCAGGACCUGCUACCUCACAGUGUACAGCACAACGGUCCAGAUAUUCCACGUUAUGUACGUGUUAACACAUUGAAAACAACGGUGGAGGAUGUCAUUGACUACCUGAAGAGAGAGGGAUAUUCAUAUCAAGGAACAGCAAGCCAGAUUGAGGAUUUAUGCUCUGUCUCUGGAAAGACUUUUAUGAGUGAUCUUCACCUCCGAGAUCUUCUGGUUUUCAGUGCGAAAAUGGACUUCCAUGAUCAUUUCCUGUAUAAAGCAGGACAUAUUAUCUUGCAAGACAAGGCUAGUUGUCUCCCUGCAUAUCUCCUGGAUCCCCCAGUUGGAGGCCAUGUGAUCGAUGCUUGUGCAGCUCCUGGGAAUAAGACCAGCCAUCUGGCAGCCGUCAUGAAAAAUAAAGGCACACUGUUUGCCUUCGACCUUGAUGCAAAGCGACUCUCCACCAUGAGCACUCUCCUCCUUCGUGCAGGAGUCACAUGUCAUCAUUUGGCCAAUGAGGAUUUUCUUAAGGUGGAUCCACUUUCCCCAGCAUACAAGGAUGUCAAGCACAUCCUUCUUGAUCCUUCAUGCAGUGGUUCAGGAAUGGUGUGUCUGCAUGAUGGUGGGUCAGAGGAACAGGAACCGGAGCAGGAUCCUGAGCGUCUAAAGGCUUUAGCUGCAUUUCAGCUGCACUGCCUGAACCAUGCACUGAAAUUCCCAAACCUCCAGCGGCUCGUCUACUCCACCUGCUCCAUCCAUCCGCAGGAGAAUGAGGAAGUUGUGUCUCUUUGUCUUGAGCAAAAUCCUGAUUUUAGACUAAUUCAUCUUCUUCCUGAGUGGCCUGAGCGGGGUCGAGACCCACUGACACAGUGUCUUCGAGCCAGCACUACAAAAACCUUCACGCAUGGUUUCUUUGUAGCCAUGCUAGAAAGACAGGCUACUCCAACUGAGUACAGUGAAAGUUCUCAUAAACAGCCUCCCUCCAUUAGUGAGCCUUCUGUUGGUGAAGAGGAACAAAUGGAGGUGUCUGUGGAUGAAGAACAUCAAGCUCCUGCAGCAAAGAAAAGGAGAAGGAAUAGAAAGAAACCCAAAAAGCAGACAUCCUAAAAUUGUCAUUUAUAACUAUGAAAUGUUUUAUAAAACAAGUACAAUGCUGAAUUUUUA